AUUGUAGUUUUUAAAUAAUCUUAAGUAAAAGAAAUAUUAUAAAUAUAUUAUAAAAAAAAAAACACAUACACACAGUAUGCAAUUGAAGCCGCUAUCCAGCCUUUUGAAUUAAAUGUUUUUGGUACAAAAAUGACGUUUUACUACGCAUACGGGUGUCGUCGACAAAUCCAAGAUGAUACUUUUCACUGAAUACAUUGUUUACUGUCAUCACCAGGCCUAAACUGUUUUAAGAAAAAUUUUUUACCCAAUUUUGUUACUGUGAUUCUUGCUUGAAACUCGUUGAAAAUUGUUAAACUUUUUGAUACAAAAAAUAUAUUAAAAACGAAACUAUAAAACAUAAAAAAACUAGUUUUGAGGCAGCUUGUUUUAAAUUUAAAAAAAUCAAAACAAAACAAAGUCUUUAAAAAUGGCUCUAAUGAGUGAAGUCCGGUCUUUUGAGACAUAUUUCUCAAAAUGUCCAAUAGCCAAGUGGAAGCUUGUCUGUUAAUUAAUCGCCGCAUUGAACAAAGGCAGGAACAUAGUAUUUCACAUACAGAAAUAACAGAACGUCGUGUCAUACAAGAAACUGGAUCGGAUAUGCAACAUUAUAAAGGUGGACUUCCUGGUGAAAUGCCAACAUCCGUUGGUAAUUAUCAUCCACAUAGUAAUGGACAUCAAGUGGGUGUUGGCGUUGGUGUAGGUGUAGGUGUUAGUGGUAGUGGACAUUCACCACAUUCCUCAUUAUUAUCGUUACAUAGUGAUGAGACAUCGGUGGGUGGUGGCCGUCAAAAAUCGCACACCGGUUUACCCGGUAUUCCUUCGCACAGUCAACAAGUAACCACAUCUAAAGUUAUACAUGAAGUCACGCAUCAACAUCAGCAUGUCGGCUCAGAUACACAGUCUAUUGAUUACGUUGCCAUGCCCUUAGGUAUAUAUCAGCAUUCUGGAGCCGCUCAUCAAUGCUCACAAUAUAUAGAUUAUAACACAAUAGAACAUCCACCCCAAAUGUCCAUGUAUGGGGGCCAACCAGAACCUCAAUAUCAUUUACACUCACAUUAUCCGGAAUACGAGCAUUAUCCAUAUAGUGGAACAGCACCAACAGCAUAUAUGGGUUAUCCAGGUUUAGGAGAUCGCCCUUCAACACCACAGAGUCCAAGCGAACAUAGUGGACCACCUUCACCGCAUGCCGUAGGUGAUCCAUGUGCCACGGAUUAUUUACCAUCAUGUUACGAUGAUCUUGCGGAUCAAUAUAGAGUUACACCAUCACCAGGCAUGCAACCGGCAGUAGACCGAGGUGGAUAUCCUACCGACGAUCAAGGAAUCGUUUAUGGAUACGUACCUCCUUCGAUGUAUAGUUUAAAUGGACGUGUCCCAGUUGUCGAUGGGGCGCUUUACGAAGAUGACGAUUUACAAAAACAUAUGUCAAAUAUGUCAAUAUCAGUACAUGGCCAUAAUAUGGGAACACUAGGUAGUCGAUCACGUGGCGGUCACUCAAUAACAUCUGGUGGAGGUGGAGUCGGCGACGAGGAACAACAGGGUAUGCGAUGGCGUGAUCCAAAUUUAACUGAAGUCAUCGGAUUCUUAAAUAAUCCAAACAAUGUUAUAAAAGCAAAUGCCGCUGCAUAUUUACAGCAUUUAUGUUACAUGGAUGAUCCAAAUAAACAAAAAACUCGAGCACUAGGUGGUAUCCCUCCACUUGUUAAAUUAUUAAUGAACGAAAGUCCUGACGUAUAUCGUAACGCAUGCGGUGCAUUACGUAAUUUAAGUUAUGGACGUCAAAAUGAUGAAAAUAAGCGUGCAAUUAAAAAUGCUGGCGGUAUUCCGGCCUUAAUAAGUUUGUUAAGUAAAACACAAGAAGCAGAAGUGAAAGAAUUAAUAACUGGUGUCAUAUGGAAUAUGUCGUCAUGUGAGGAUUUAAAACGAGCUAUUAUCGAUGAUGCUGUCAAUGUAAUUGUUAUAAAUAUUAUUAUACCACAUUCUGGAUGGAAUCCAAAUUGUCCAGGUGAAACAUGUUGGUCUACCGUUUUUCGUAAUGCAUCCGGUGUAUUACGUAAUGUUAGUUCAGCUGGUGAAUAUGCACGUAAAAAAUUACGUGAUUGUGAGGGUCUUGUUGAUUCAUUAUUAUAUGUGGUAAAAUCGGCGAUCGAUAAAGCGAAUAUAGGUAAUAAAAUUGUAGAAAAUUGUGUGUGCGUACUUCGUAAUUUAUCGUAUAGAUGUCAGGAAGUUGAGGACCCAAAUUACGAUAAGAAUCCACUACCAACACAAAGUCGAAUAUCAGAGAAUGCUGCAUCCUCAAAGGGUGAAAAUUUAGGUUGUUUUGGAGCAAGUAAAAAGAAAAAAGAUGGAAGUGGGGGACAAGGAAGUAGUGGCCUAGGUGGUAACGAUCAAAAAGUGAACUUAUCCGGAUCGGGUGGAUCAUCCGGUCAACCAGAAGGCUUACGACGUGAGAUUGGUAAAGGUACUGAAUUAUUAUGGCAACCAGAAGUAGUGCAAUCGUAUUUGGCAUUACUACAAAGUUGUUCGAAUCCGGAAACACUCGAAGCGGCAGCUGGUGCGUUACAAAAUUUAUCCGCAUGUUAUUGGCAGCCUAGUAUUGAAAUACGUGCAGCUGUUCGAAAAGAAAAAGGUUUACCAAUACUAGUUGAACUAUUACGAAUGGAAGUAGAUCGUGUUGUGUGUGCGGUUGCAACAGCGCUACGUAAUUUAGCAAUUGAUCAACGAAACAAAGAAUUAAUCGGAAAAUAUGCGAUGCGUGAUUUAGUUCAAAAAUUACCAUCAGGCAAUGUACAGCAUGAUCAAGGUACAUCCGAUGAUACAAUUGCUGCUGUAUUAGCCACACUAAACGAAGUGAUUAAAAAGAAUGCUGAAUUUUCACGUUCGUUGCUCGAAUCCGGUGGUGUAGAACGUUUAAUGAAUAUAACACGACAACGUCAAAAGUAUACACCACGUGUUCUAAAAUUUGCUGGACAAGUGUUGUUUACAAUGUGGCAGCAUCCUGAACUACGUGAUGUGUAUAAGAAACAUGGUUGGAAAGAAUUAGAUUUUAUAACGAAGUCAGUGGUGGCUGCAUGUAAAACUGGUGGACCAAAUUCACCAAAUAAUGCAAAUAAUACGUUAAAUCGGCCGAUGGCUUCGCAAGGUGGUACACGAUAUGAAGAUCGUACGAUUAAACGUGGUAAUCCACCCACUUCAUCAUCGAAUAAUACCAAUACAAAUGCUGGCGUUGUUGAUUCGGUUCCAGUUAAUAUGUAUCAAAGGAAUGAAGAUAUUCCAUUAGCCGAUAUGUCGUAUCCAGAGAGUGCUUUGCAUGUGGGUGGCGGAGCACCAACAGGUGGUCCACCUGUCGCAGGAGGUGUACGAAUUUAUCCUCCUGGACCAAAUCCUCAACAGCCUACGAAUGGCUGAAGUGUGUCUGCUUGUAUGUCCUCGCUCGCUCGCUCGCCUACCAACCUACCAGUCCGUGAUUCGAAAUAACCAGCG